CAUGGCUGGUGCCUGCGACUGUUCUCGUUUGCUUCAUGUUCAAUUGAAUUCAUCCUCCCGUCUUCAUCACUCCGGCAGCGAUUUUCUCAUCAUUUGAUUGGUUUCCGGUGGCAGUAUUUUGAUUUCUUUUCCCGGCGGCGUUUCAUUAAUCAUGACUGUCAUUACUUCAGAACUUAAUAAAAUUUUCCGGUGAUCGACGAUCAAGAAGAAAUUAAUCUUUGAGAGCGAGUGUUCUCGGUGAACCAUAUAUAUAUAUAUAUACGUACCAGAACUGCUUCGUUUUCUCAGGAGGAAAAAUGGGUACAGAGAAAGCAUCAAGAAGAUUAAACUUAGGAGAAGAAACAAAACCCAAGAUCACCAUCCAAUCCAUUUCAGACAACAGAGGUCUAUCUCGUGGUGAAGGGAGGACGAGAGGGCUAGGGAUUGACAUGAACAAAAUCCCAAAUGAAAGCAGUGACGACAGCCCUAACAAUGGCGAUGAAGAAGGAAUGACGAUAGCAAAGCGGAAAAAGCUUCGACUCACUGCCCAUCAGACGGCUAUUCUGGAAAGCUGUUUCAAGCAGCAAAGCACAUUAAGCCAGAAAGAGAAAACUGAACUAGCUAAGGGGCUAAAUCUUAAGCCUCGACAAAUCGAGGUUUGGUUCCAAAAUCGAAGAGCAAGAACCAAAUCUAAGCAAACAGAAAUGGAUUUUGAGUAUUUUAAACAUUGCUGUGAAACUCUAACGGAAGAGAAUCGGAGGCUGCACAGAGAGCUGAUGGAGUUACGUGCAUUGAACCGGCCACCUCAAUUGUACAUGCAAGUUCCAGCUACAACUACAAGGCUUGUUGUUUGCUCCAUAUGCAAGAGAGAUGCUUUGCCCAAUAGCAGACAAGACAGGGUGGUGCCCAAACUCUCUACUAAGGUCGUCCCUUUCCAAGUCCAUGGUCACACUGGGAUGUAG